AUGAUACUUUCUGAUAAUAUUCUUCAAGAAAAAGUAAGAGAUUUUGUAAAUUAUCUUAAUAUUGAAGAAGAUCAGAUUAAUUUUUCCAGAGGAUGGAUAACAGGAUUUAAAAAAAGAAAUUCUAUUUGUAUGUAUAAAUUACAUGGUGAAGCUGAUUCUGUUUCUCUGAAAUCAUUAGUUAAUGAAUAUUUAAAAUUACAAGAAUUAAUAUUAAAAUAUAAUCCAGAAGAUAUUUACAAUACUGAUGAAACAGUUUUAUUUACUACAAAUGCUACUGGAACACAUAAAUUAAAACCAUUAGUAAUUGUUUUCCUUUUAGUUGACAAUGUACCUUCUCACAUCAGUCCUAUUACAAAUGAAAAUAAUAUUGAUGAAAGUGACUCAGAUACAAAUUCAAUUCAAGAAUCAUCAAAAUCAAAUCAAUUUGAGCAAAAUAUUGAUCAUGAAAAUAAUUUUACUGAGGAACUAUCUGAAGAAAAUAUUGAACUUACUAAUCUUCUUUAUGAGAAAUCAUCUGAAGAAAAUACAGUAUAUCAAAAAUUAAUUAAUGAAAUAGAAACUUAUAUUAAUACUAUUGAUGAACCUCUUUUAACUGAAGAUAUUCUUUCUGAAUCUGAAAUAAUAACUAUG